GUGUGGAUGGCGGAGCAGCGGUGACGGGGAGACCCGAGGGAGUUGGGACUCAGACGCGGUGCCCCCCCUCCCCAGGGUAGUUUUGCGCAUGGUGUUGUAGAGACGAAGCUUUCUCUUCCAUGACAGGGAGGACACACACCCUGAAAGGACUGUUUCCUCCGUCAUCCAAUAUGUUCUCCGUUCCUCAGACACCCGUCCUCGGAUUCUCCGUGUAAACUUACUGCGUGAACGGGCUGGAUGGAGCUGCGGAGCGGCGCGGAUCCGCGGAGGAACGCGCUUCUGUGCCUGGUUCUAGUAGUGUCCCACUGUGUGUCGGUGCUAGGUUGUGGCCCCCACUAUCAGCACGCCAUUGAGGAGUUUUGCUUGGCCAAAUUCAAGCUGGACAUGCACGAGCUGGACCAGAGACACUGGUGUAACUGGGAGGACACUGUUGAACUCUAUGGAGAGCUGACAAACUGCACGUACCUGGUAGCAGUGAAGAUGGGGUGUUUCUGGCCCAACCAGCUAGUGGAUGAGUUCUUCAUCCACGUUCAUAGACACUACUUCCAUGACUGCUCGCUGUCCGGACGCCUCCUCAGGGAUCCCCCCAACCGUAUCCUGGGGCCCUUCAUCGUGGUCCCCAUCCUGGUUACUCUGCUCAUGACCGCCCUGGUGGUGUGGAGAAGUAAACGCAGUGAAGGGAUUGUGUAAAGAAGACAGAGGAGGGUGGGGGGGUCAGCUAUGAGCCGCAAGACCAGAGGUACUGAUAUCCCUAAGAAUCCUACCCUUCAGUGACCAAAGGAUUACUGUUCCUGAGUGUUUGUGUUUAGCAGAGGGUUGUGUAUCCCUAGAAUAUGGACACAGAACAAGGAACUGAUGAGAUUAACUUAAAGCCAGACUCUACUUCAUUGAUGUGUGACCUUAAACCCUCUGUAACUCCUGUUUAUUAAUGACAUCAAUCACUUGUUGAUUCACACAGAGUAGGAUCUGGACCACGUUAUUAACUGGUGGAAAGAUACUGCAAAUAUAAAAAUCACUUCACUUUUUGUAAGGAAAAAGGAUUUGAUAAAAAAAAUGCAUGUUGAAAUGCAUAGUACAAUGGAUACUAAGUAAAAAAAAAACAACUUAAAAAUGAAUCUGCAAACAUCAAAGUUGUGAUCGCCUCAGACAGCUCACCCCAGUUCAGACCAAAGAUUCACAACAAGAUAUGUUGAAUAUUUGCAAGUGCAUGUAAACGCUCCAAAAAAAUCUGCUAGUUCACAUCAAUGGCAUUAGAUAAGAAAGUGCAGUGUUUCUUUGACCAUGACUGUACUAUGAUUAGUACUGCAGCUUUGAAGGCUUGUUAUAAUUUGUAGAACCUUGAUAUGAGUAAGUGAUAGUGAUAGCUGAUUAUCUGGUAUUGAUGAAAUAGUAAAAACAUGAAAAACACAUUAGUUUGAGAAGCAAAUGAAAGUUAGUCUGGAACCUCUCAGUAAUGUUUGAUUUUCUAUGGGUGACCAAAAUGCCACUGGAGUUUGAUGCAUGUGCAACCAGUUGGUAAAAUCAACACAUUUGUUUGGAAGCACAGUGAAUAUACCUUUCUUAUUAUUUAAGCUUUAAGUGCUAUUAUUUAUCUAAACUCAGUAAUGGAAGCUCACCAUUCCCAGCCAAUAAAAUAAUGAUGAACUUAAGAAGGUAAAGGUGUAUGUGUGGUCUGAGAUAAGCUCUUUAUGUAGAGAUGGAACUGGUAGGUUUCAGACAUGGGUAAAAAAAAAAAAAGAAGAAAAACACGAGGUGACUGAAGGUUCUUGUAGCAGAUGACUGGUGUCAUGACCUCUCAGGGCUCAUCAUUAAUGUUAACGUUGCUUUUCUUAGUGACUGGUGUGCUGCUGCAUGCAAAUGUGCACUAUAUUACACUAAGAUCUGAACCAGCCACCGGUGGUUUAACAGGAUGAGUCACAUCAACACCUGGGUCAAAGUGAAACUGGCAGCUUCAAACUGAUGCAACUGACUCUGCAACAUCAUCCAACAGUUUGGCCUUGUUGCAAAUCUUUGAUCUGGACUGCGGUUUACUCAAAUCUCUGUUAAGAGAGCACAGGGGUAUCAGAGUUUAAAUGUAUGCAUACACUGUAAAUAUUGAAGGUAUGUAGACUAUGAUGAAUGAAGCCAUCAUUAGAAGGCCUGAAUGCAUUUGGAACAUGUAAUCCUCAUAGUGAUGUGUAUAUGUUGAUUUCUGUCCAAUCCAACUGUUGUGUUUUACAAAGAAAUACUAAUUUCAGCAGAUGUGUAUUACAUUUGAAAUAUAUUCACUUAACCACACAAAUAGUAUCUCAUCAGAGCAUCGAGAUGUAAUGGGAGUAGAAUGUGUCUGUUUUCAAGGGCACCCUGUUAGGAGAACACAAGAUUUAAUAAUGCCACAAACAGAUGUUUUGCACAUGUGCAGUUUAGGGGAGGUUAUAGAGAUUGAGACCUCAGUUUUGUUGAGCUGUGAUGAUGCUGAGUCAUGCUGCCUACAUCUCCAGGGUAACAGCACAGAAGGAAUUCCAGCUGGUACCUAGGGUUGAAUUGGCUGAGGAUGAAGUUUCAAGACCGAUUAAUUUAUUAAAUUAUUAAAUUAUAGAUUAAUUAAACGAAUACACACACACAUACACACACACACACACACACACACACGCACACAUUUCACUACAUUCCAUAGUAGUGGAAUUACUACUAUAGGGGUUUAAUAACUGCCAUGGUGAUGUGUAUAUUAUGGACUGUGCUUAUGUUUGUUUCCACUUUUCCCACUGUGAACAAUUGUUCCCUAAUGAUGUCCUUUGGCAGAGAUGAAACGCAGCAGCUGGUUUGCAACAGAUACAUAACACAUGCAACAUACAGCAAAACUUAGAACCAAAGCAUUUUGAUUUCUUACAGUUUCAGACCAUGGGAAGCUUUAUGUCAGGGGUCACUAAGUUUCUGUAGUGAAAGUGAGCAAAUGUUUAGUCAGCAACACCAAACUUUAUGUGCUAAUAUGAGCCACUUUGUACCUUGAUGAUAGUACCAUGUGAAAGUAUUUAUUUACUGCAUAUACUUCUGGACAUCAUACAACCAUUUAUAGUUUGGGAAAAUCCUCUUAACAAACAAAUAAACAAGUGGUGCCAGGCAUAACAAACCCCGCCCCUCACACGUAUUUCGCCCAUUAUAAGUAAUGGGGAGAUUUUUUAAAAAUCAUAAAAAAUUUGAACUUUGACCUGCCUUUCAAACAAACCCACAUUUCGCCAAAAUGUACUGACAUCUAUUCUGAGUCACUGGCAAUCUAUAACCCAAUUUGGUAUGAACUGAACCAAUAGUUUUGCUGCUAAAGUGUUAACAAACAAACUGAACCAAAAACAAUACCCCUUGCCUCCUCUUUGGGGGACGGGGUGAUAAAUAAAUAUCUGGCUUGUGGCACAACUUGCCACAAAUAGGGAUAAAAAGUUGAGGGUUGAGGUUGGAUAAAUUUCUGGUGGUGGGCUUAUGAUGUGUCACCAAUUAAGCAUGAUGUUCAUUUCGUCAUUUGUAGAGACUUAAAAAUGCAACAGGAAGAUGUUUACACAAAAAAAACUUCUGUAAUGAAUAUUUUUUUACUGAAAUAGUCAAGGCUUUUAUUGUGUUGCAUCUGUACAAAAGCACAGUGCUGCACUUUUAACAUCACAAUCAAAUACAUUUUGUAGAAAAUACUUGAAUUUCCCUCAGGAUUAAUAAAGUAUCUAUCUAUCUAUCUAUCUAUCUAUCUAUCUAUCUAUCUAUCUAUCUAUCUAUCUAUCUAUCUAUCUAUCUAUGACCAUUUUUACUUAUUAAACAGAGGAAAUUAGAAAUAUUGGCGUCCAUAAAAAAUCAUUUGAAUCUUAUUUCAGGGAAGAUAAUACUUUUUUUUUUUUUUUUUUUUAAAUUAGUAUCUCAUUAUUUUAUUUACAGAAGUAGAGGACAAAUCAGGUUUCUGAUAUAAAUCAGAUCAAGUCCCAGGUGGUUCUGAGAUUGUGAACCAUACAACCUGAAUUUUAUGGUCAUGUGAUUACUUUAUUUAUUUAUUUUUUCUACUAUUGGAUACUAUGGAUACAGUGAUGGGGCCCAUUUUAUCCACUUGCUCAAUUUACCCCUGUCUCCCCUACAAUACCAGACACUAUCAUUAUCAGGUCAAAUGCACCCAUCUGCAUAAACAGUGAGUUGUUUUUUAGGAGAAUGAAUAAAAAAGGAUGAAGAUAAAACCAGAGGAAAACAGAUCAAAGAGAACAUCAAGUGAUUGGUUAAGAAAGCCAACCUCCACCUCAGCUGACUGUUGAUGUUGUUCCCUGCAGCAGUGUGUGUACCAUGAACCGGAGGUUUCUAUUGAUGUGUGAUCUCCCAGUGUGGCGGAGUGUGCCAUGUGAACUCUUUGCUCAUUGGUAUUUUUGAAUGCACUCUUUCAUUUAUAGAUUUAUUGACCUGUAACCUGCCUGACAGCAAAACACACUAGAACACUCCCACACUUCCCCUCAAACACGAUCUGACUUUGUACCGUGUGCCAAAAGCUCUUGAAGAACAGAAGCAUAAUCUGUUAUGAAACAUUUUUUAUUUUUUGUUGAAGUGACUUUUAAUGGUUGAAGUUUAACGUCAAUGAAUAUGAAGAAAAGUUAAAUAAAAAAAAGCCUGAUUGCUGUUUCAGAUCCA